UAGACAUGGCUCAAGCUGAUUGGUCACCCCGACUGUGGUGUUGCAUAUAUAAAGCUCGCACCCGGUGCUCCGCGCCGCACCGCGCUAAGCGCUCAUUCUCAUCACACCUGUGGCUGGCUGCAAGAAGCAAGAGGAGCCAAAAAUCAUCUGACGUUUUCCCCCCAUAACAUUCUGCAGCUCCAGCUCAUUGCACUGCCGCUCACGCCCACGCGGCCCGCCGUCCGGGAGGUGGGGCACCAUGUGGGUUUUGGAUAAGAUCCGCGGCUCGGUGGAAACCGGCAUGCUGCGGCACGGGGAGAACGAUGACAAUAAAGGCGCGGCGACGCCCUACUCUAACGUCCUCACGCCAGACAAGAUCCCGGACUUCUUCAUCCCGCCCAAGUUAGUCAGCUGUCCUCCCGAACCCGAGACAGUGAAGCCCAAGGAGGCCUUGCAGCCUUCCACGUCGGAGCAAACCAUUAGCGGCGGGAGGAAGAUCAGCGGCCCCAAAAGUCCCCGUCUGGUGGUCAAAAUGGUGGGAGACACAAAGAACCUCCUAAAGGCGGCCAACCGCCACAUCAUUCAGAUCGAGAGCGCCGACGACGUCAUCGCCGGGGACACCAACGCUGACCCCCAGUCACAGACCGCCAUGUCUCUCCCCUACGUGCCCAAGACCCAAACCUCUUACGGCUUCACCACCUUGAAGGAGAGCCCCCACACUCGUCGCAAGGAAUCGCUCUUCCACUGUGACAUCACCAGUCCCAUGACCUCCCCCAACAGUCAGAGGAAGACCCCGGGCAAAGGCGACGGAGCCGGGGGCGGAGCCGGCAACCACCUGAACCCAGCCGACUUCAACUCCUCCCACAUGAACCCGUACCGCUACUUCAGCGGCGGCGAGAGCGACACCUGCUCUUCGGCCGAGUCAUCACCCUUCAGCUCGCCGCUACUAUCUCGCUCGGCCUCGCUGCUCAAGAUCUUCUCGCACGAGACGCAGGCCAAGGUGGCGAAAGCCAAGCGCUCCUUCGCUCGCCACAGCUCCCUCUCCACCGACGAGUGCAGCUCGGCCGAGCCCAGCCCCUGCGUCCAGCGCCGGCUGCACAUCCCGUCCUUCCACUACGGAGGCGCACCGUCUCCGGAGCACGGCUCGCAGCGCGAGCACACGGUCAACCUCCACAAGGGCGGCAGCGUUCGCAUCAGCGCCCAUUACGACGCCGGCACCUCCCGCCUGCGUGUCCGCGUCCUGGCGGCCGAGAAUCUCUACGACAAACACUUUGACAUCAAGAGCAUCAACUGCUGCGUGUCCGUCUACCUGAAACCCGGCAAGAUGCAGAAGCAACGCAGCAACAUCAUCAAGAACAGUCGCAACCCUGUCUUCAACGAGGACUUCUUCUUCGACGGCGUGGGGCCGCUGCAGGUCAAGAACCUGUCGCUCAAGCUCAAGGUGGUCAACAAAGGCACCAGCCUCAAAAGGAACACUCUGCUGGGUGAGCGGGAGGUCCUGCUGAGCAAGCUGCUCUCGGGGGUCUAGGCUCCAAAAAGCAACCAGAAUCCACUCAUGGACCUUUAUGAGUUAUUUGCACUGCUCCACAACUCGUUUGUGUAUGUUAGAACGCCUU